AUGGCGCAGAUUUUGUCACGAUCUUCUUCGGCUUUGGCUAAGCUAAAGAACAAGCCAAUCACCGUGAUCACUUGCAAUGCAAAGAGCAACAUGUCUUCGUUUACAUCGUCUGGCAAUGGAAAGCGUAAUAUCUAUUUGAGUACCGCUGGUGCUGUCAGCGCUGGCGCUCUUGGCUUCCUCUACACGCUUCACCAAUCGGUUCAAGCUUCCGACCUGUACCAACACCCCCCACACUACCCCUGGCCGCACAAUGGUCCUUUCAAGGGCUUCGACCACAAAGCCAUCCGUCGAGGCUACGAAGUGUACAAGCAAGUGUGCUCUGCUUGCCACAGCCUCCGUUUUGUCCGCUACCGUGAGCUGGUCGGCGUUUCGCAUACCGAAGAGGAGGCUCGCGCUGAAGCCGAAGAGAUUCAAGUCCAGGAUGGUCCUAACGAUGCUGGCAAGAUGUUCAUGCGGCCUGGCAAGCUGUCGGACUCGGUUCCUUCGCCGUACCCGAACGAAGAGGCGGCCCGUGCUGCCAACAACGGCGCCUACCCACCGGAUCUAAGCUACAUCGUCUUGGCUCGUCACGGCAACGAGGACUACGUUUUCUCGCUUCUCACUGGCUACCAAGAGACGCCGGCUGGUUUUAUGCUGGGCGAAGGACAGCACUUCAACCCGGUCUUCCCUGGAGGUGCCAUCAGCAUGGCCCAGUCACUCUUUAACGAGGCUGCAGAGUACUCGGAUGGCACUCCGGCAACUGCCUCUCAGUUGGCCAAGGAUGUAGUCACCUUCCUUUCGUGGUGCGCUCAACCCGAACUUGACACUCGCAAGAAGAUGCUCACCAACGUUAUAAUUAUCGGAACCAUUUGUUGCCUGUCGUUGACGUUCUUUUUACGCUAUUCAAAAAUUUCAACCAAGACGCGUAAAAUCUUGUUCCGCAACAAAAAUCUUCGAGGUAAUCAAAAGUAG